AUGCAGUUGAAAGUACAACCGGAUCUUGAGACUUUACAACAGCUUAAGGAUCAAAAUGAUGAAUCCGUCAAUAUGUACCCGGUGCAUGCAUUUAUAUCGGGACUAGACUUGACUCCGCACGUUGCUUACCUCAGGCUCGCAGACCUCAACAAUCCGAAUAGAUCGGAAUCCUUCCUCUUAGAGAGCGCAAAGACGGUAGCCGAACUAGAUCGGUAUUCGUUCAUUGGUGUUUCGCCACGCAAAGUUAUCAGGACAGGACCGACUGAGGGUCUAGAGGUAGAUCCGUUGACCGUGCUUGAAGAAGAAAUGGCAAAGACGAAACUGGCUGAGAACGUUCCAGGUGUGCCAAAACUCAGUGGUGGUGCCAUUGGGUAUAUAUCUUACGAUUGUAUCAGAUACUUCGAGCCUAAGACAAGGAAAGACUUGAAGGAUGUCCUACAGUUGCCGGAGGCGUAUCUGAUGAUGUGCGACACUAUUGUAGCAUUUGAUCAUGUCUUCCAGAGAUUCCAAAUCAUCCAUAAUAUCAAUACAUCAGAAACAAGCUUGGAGGAGGGAUAUCAAAAAGCAGUUGAAGUUAUUGAGCAAAUUGCUAAGAAAUUGAUGGAUAAAACUGCACCAGUUCCAUAUCCAGUACAGACACCAAUCAAAUUAAAUCAAAGCUUCACAUCAAAUAUUGGUCAAGAAGGCUAUGAGAGUCAUGUGUCAACAUUGAAAAAACAUAUCAAAUUAGGAGACGUUAUUCAAGCUGUUCCCUCACAACGUGUUGCAAGGCCAACAUCCUUGCAUCCAUUCAAUAUUUACAGACAUCUAAGGUCGGUCAACCCUUCUCCAUACUUAUUCUUCAUUGAUUGCAUUGAUUUUCAGAUUAUUGGUGCUUCUCCAGAAUUGCUUUGUAAAUCUGAUUCCAAAAACAAAGUUAUCACACAUCCAAUUGCAGGUACAGUGAAAAGAGGCGCUACCGCCGAGGAAGACGAUAUCUUAGCGGAACAACUGAGGGAUUCGAAAAAAGAUCGUGCAGAACAUAUAAUGCUGGUCGAUUUGGCUAGAAAUGAUAUCAAUCGUAUCUGCGAUCCAAAGACGACUAGUGUUGAUAAAUUGCUAACAGUUCAAAGAUUUUCUCACGUCCAGCACCUUGUUUCUCAAGUAAGCGGUACAUUGAGACCAGACAAGACAAGAUUUGACGCAUUCAGGUCAAUUUUUCCCGCUGGCACAGUAAGUGGAGCCCCAAAAGUUAAGGCUAUGGAAUUAAUCGGUGAGCUCGAAGGCGAGAAAAGAGGUGUUUAUGCUGGUGCUGUAGGUCAUUGGGGCUAUGACGGCAAAUCUAUGGAUACCUGCAUCGCCCUAAGAACUAUGGUUUAUAAAGACGGUAUUGCUUACUUACAAGCAGGCGGCGGUAUUGUUUAUGAUUCAAAUGAGUUCGAUGAGUACAUUGAAACGAUGAACAAAAUGAUGGCAAAUAAUGCAACUAUUGUGCAGGCUGAAGAAAUUUGGGCCGCAAGGGUUGGUUCUGUAUGA